AUGUCCACAUCUCCCAGACGAGUUUCUAGACAAUCAUCUAUUGAAUCAGAUCGUUCAUCUACUGGCUUAUCACGUCUUUUAUUUAAUAAAAGAUCGGUUAAACGAAAAAAUUCUGAUGACAAAUCCAUAAAAUCUGAUAGUCGUUCAACUUCUCCAGCAGCGGGAUCAAGCAAUGAUCGUAAUGCAUCCUCAUCAUCUUCUUCUAACCCAAUUUCUACAACUAAACGUUUAGCUAAUUUUGCGACAAGAUCUUUUCGCCGAAGUCAAUUUCGAAUAUUCAAAUAUCACAAAUUCAUGGGGACUUCUAAAACAUCUAAAAAUCAAUUACAAUUGCCUCGUUUGACUGUCCGUCAUCCAUCCAUUGACGGAACAACGAUGGCCAUCGAUGGCGAUGAAGUUGUGAUGAGCGAACGGAUUGUUGGUCCAUCCGACGAUGUGAGUGUGGAGUUCUUGGCAAUCAGAAGUAAUCAGAGACGUUGGACAGACACAGAAAGUGGUCAUUUACGUGAUUCACGUGAUUCGUCUGGUUUCGAUGGGUCACACGAUCAGUUGGAUGAUAUGUUGCCUCAGGCGAUGACAGCUCCUGUAUCGCCUUCUGUGCCGUUAUCGGCAAGCAGUAGUCAAUCAGAUGGUUGGAAAUAUUCAUCUCAGAAGAUUUUGUGGAAACUACGUCCUCGUUACAUCGGAGGUUUCAGCCAUAACAGCAGCACAUCGUCUUCAACAGAUUCAGCUUGGAAAUCUUUGGACAGCAGCACAUGGAGACACUCAUUGGAUGACAAAGAAAUCAUUUUGCGAGGCUUACAAAUGGAAACUUUGUCUGAUGUCGAACGUUCAGCUUUACAAUCUGUUGCCCAACAACGAUUAGCAAAAUUAUUGCCAGGGGUUUCCUUAAGCAAAUCAAAAGAUCCUCUCUCUGUUUUGCGGCAAAAGCGUCAAAAACUAAUAAAAACCAGCCGAACACUUACUGUUGGUGAUGUUAGUCGUCGUCCAAGUGGAUCAUCGGCAGACGGAGAAGAAAAACGCUUAUUUGGAGUUUCAUUGAUAGAUUGUAUGCAGAAUGAGCGACGAUUAGAUUUAGAAAGCCGUUGUCGAUCUUUAGAUGAUUCAGCUGUGUCGUUAGCAGUCCCAAGAAGUAAUAGAACACCAUCAUGUGUUGGUCCAAUAUCUGUUGUGCGAUCAGAGCCCGAAUUCAUUCAUGUAAUUGACCAUAGUCGUCGAUGGCUUUAUCCAUCCACUCAGGAUUUAUAUCCAUCCACCAAUCCUUCGUCACCAUCUCCAUUGGUAGGAUCAGCACCUCCCACUUGCUCUUUGCCACCCAUUUCCACGUUGUCAAUUCAGAAUAAUUAUGUUUCCACGUCACAACACUUAUUAGCAGAGAUUAUACCGUCUCAUCCAACACCCGCAGUUCAAAAUGGACGGUUUAUGAAAAAACAUCGACCAUCAUCAGCUUCUCUUUCAUAUUCGUUAGAUGGAAAUGUGGAUGAGAUUGAUCCUCAUGCUAUCAGAGUUCCACGCGUUGUUGAGAAUUGUACGCAAUACCUAAUGGCUUACGGUUUGACGUCAGUUGGAUUAUUUCGGGUAGCAGGUAAUCAGAAGAGGUGUCGUCAGUUGCGAAGUGCCUUGGAGAAGGUUGGUGGUGGAAUAGCUAUAAAUGAUGAAAUGGUUGAAAAUACAACAACGCAUGAUGUAGCGACCCUGCUGAAAGAAUACUUCCGCGAUUUGCCUCAAUCUCUUCUUCCAAAUGAUCAUUAUCAAGCCUACUUAGCUAGUUCAAGAUUAUCAUUGGAGGAGCGAAUUGAAUGUAUUCGCUUAUUGAUUGCUCUGAUGGAUGCAACUUCCGUAGACACCUUAUUUGUCUUAUUGAAGUUCCUUCAUGUAGUAGCUCUGCACUCUACUGAUUUAGAAUCAGAGGACGGGGAGACUAUAAAUGGAAAUAAAAUGGAUGCAAAAAAUUUGGCGACAAUAUUCGCUCCAUGUAUUCUUCGACCUGAUCAUGAUAAGCUGCAACUCAAUUUAGCUGAAAAUGAUAUGCAAGUUACGGUAAUGGAGACAAUGAUUACACAUGUAGAAGAUAUUUUCCGUAUCCCAAAAGAGUUACAAUGUAAGCUUUAUAAUCGUCUCAGAGAAACUGAACCUAGUAGACUUGAUCGCGUACUUGACAACUUAGCUAAAGCUGAAGGAGGCGAACAACCUCUUUCAUCUCCUUUUCCGGCAACUGUAGAAGAAGAUAUACCCUUAGAGUCUACACAUCCAAAUGGAAAAACAAAAGUAUGUUCGCAACGAAGUGGUUCAUGGCCGUUCUCAUUACGAUCACCAAAAGCUCAGCGUUUCUUUCCAAAUGAAGAUUCUGUUGAGACAGAAGAAAAUUCUACAACUACUGCUGCAUCAGCUGACAAAUCUCCUAAUGCAGCUUCAUCUAUAAGCUCGAAUUCUAACCCGCCAAUUACAAAGGAUGGAUUAUCUACUGCACCUGUGUGUAGUGCUAAUACAAGUAAUGCCGGUCGGUCUCCAUCACGUGAACGAGAAUUUCUAAGGUCAGCCGCCCGACAAGGAGCUGCUGCCGCGCGACGAAGGUUACGCAACGUUGUUCGAGCCUUCCGUUUCAGUAGUGUUGCUCGAAGUACCCCUAAUAUGACAUCAAAUUACACGUGA